AUGCGGCGUCUCGCUCUCCUCCUCCUGCCACUCCUCCUCGCCGCCGGCGCCACCAUGGCGUCGGCGGAGCCCGCGACCCCUCCCGCCUCCUCUCUGACUCCCUCUCCCUCUCCCCCUUCGCCUUCGCUGACCCUCGCCGAGCUCCUCCCGAAGUACGGCCUGCCCCCGGGCAUCUUCCCCUCGACCGUCACCGCCUUCUCGCUCGCCAGCAACGGCAGCCUCACCGUCGACCUCGCGGGCCCCUGCUACGUCCACUUCGAGUACCUCACCUACUUCGAGGCCCACAUCACGGGGGUGCUCCGCUACGGCUCCCUCUCCGACCUCCAGGGCGUCCAGGUCCGCCGCUUCCUCAUCUGGUACAACGUCAUCCGCAUCAAGGUCGACCUGCCCCCGCCGCCGCGCUACGUCUACAUCGACAUCGGGUGGAUCACGCGCAAGCUCCCCGCCGACGACUUCCAGUCGCUCCACGCCUGCGAGGACUCCAGGAGGUGCCGCCUCCUCCGCGCUCGCCGUCGCCGCCAAAUGGUUCCAGGACUUCUUUGCCCAAUUUUAGGGGAUGGGGAAGGCCUACGAUUUGACAACAGCAUUGGAUGA